AUGGCUCUCCCAGUGUAUGCGAUGUCCUGUUUUAGACUCACUAAACACCAUUGCCAAAAGAUCAUGAGUGCAAUGUCUGCUUUCUGGUGGAAUGAGAGUGGUGAUAAGAAGAAAAUCCAUUGGAUUGCAUGGGAUAAACUCUGCGAAUCAAAGGCGAAUGGAGGUCUUGGGUUCAGGGAUGUUGAAGAUUUUAAUCAGGCUCUGUUGGCUAAACAAGCUUGGAAGCUAAUGAAUGAACCUAACUGCUUGCUCGCAAAGAUCUUCAAAGGGCGCUACUAUGCAAAGACAAGUUUCCUAGAUGCAGGAAAAGGUUACAGACCUUCCUAUGCCUGGAGAAGCAUAGUCUUUGGGAGGGAGCUACUACGUAAAGGACUUCUCAAGUCUAUUGGUAAGGGACUAAGCUCGUACGUGUGGGUGGAUAAAUGGAUCAUGGAUGGCGAGCCUCGCAGACCCUUUUCCAAGCAAAUCCUUUUUGAUGUGAACCUCAAAGCCUUGGAGUUAAUCGAUUAG